GACCGACUUUGGACACCACUGGUUUAACCGGACUGAGUUUUCUUUGCGUUGCGCGGUCUGACCUUUGGGUGAACCUGUCCUGAGUUUCUCUCUGCAGGUGGAUGUUUUACACCUGAAUCCUCUUUUCUCUCUGUAGCAGGGUAGAACCAGUCUCAUGGUGUCUGUCUGCACACCUGACACCCCUCCGGGUCGAAGGGGCUUGUUGCAAACGAUCAGUUCAUCAAGCACGUCUGCAUUUCGACUCGGUUCAAGUUACAUUUCACAAAACGUUGCCUGAUUUAUCCACCUUAACGAGGACCACGUGGCUUUAUUUGAUUUAAACUUCUAACAGUUAGAAGUCGACAAACGACUCGCUGUCAGGACCUUGCCUGUUUUUACCCUCUGCCUUUUUUUAAAACCCUAAAAUGGCAGCGCAACACCUCCCACUUCCACCUCCGUUUGAAAUUUUCACUUCCUGAAUGCGAGCGUGCGUUCGUACUUCAACCUCUCGUCUCCUCCGAGCCCUCACUCUGGUGGCAGGGUGUCUGCUGCAGCUGCUGAAGCUUCUCGAGCCCAGUCUUCCCCCCCUCCACCACCACCACCUGUCUCCAGUUCACCAUGUCCAGGAAGGUCGUGAGGUCCAGCAAGUUCCGGCACGUCUUCGGCCAGGCGGUGAAAGCCGACCAGUGCUACGAUGACAUCCGCAUCUCGCAGAUGACCUGGGACAGCAACUUCUGCACCGUCAACCCCAAGUUCGUGGCCAUGAUCGUGGACGCCAGCGGUGGAGGGGCCUUCAUGGUUCUGCCCCUGACCAAGACCGGACGUAUAGACAUGUCCUACCCCACUGUGUGUGGACACACAGGUCCGGUCCUGGACAUAGAGUUCUGUCCUCACAACGACAACAUCAUUGCCAGUGGUUCAGAGGACUGCAGCGUCAUGAUCUGGGAGAUCCCAGAGGGGGGGCUGACCUCGCCGCUGACAGAACCCGUCGUCAAACUGGAGGGGCACUCUAAACGAGUCGGCAUCCUCAGCUGGCACCCGACGGCCCACAACGUGCUGAUGAGCGCAGGCUGCGACAACGUGGUGAUCCUGUGGAACGUGGCCCGGGGGGAGGCGGUGGUGAGGAUGGACAGCGUGCACACAGACCUCAUCUACAGCGCCUGCUGGAACCGGGACGGCUCCAGGAUCCUCACCUCCUGCAAAGACAAGACCCUGCGGGUGCUGGACCCGCGCAAGGGCACCGUCCUGUUUGAGAAGGAGAAACCUCACGAGGGCUCCAGGCCGGUCCGGGCCGUGUUCGUGUCCGACGGGAAGAUCCUGAGCACCGGCUUCAGCCGUAUGAGCGAGAGGCAGGUGGCGCUGUGGGAUCCUGACAACUUCUCGGAGCCUCUGACCCUGCAGGAGCUGGACACCAGCAGCGGCGUCCUCCUGCCGUUCUUCGACCCCGACACCGGCGUCYUCUACCUCUGUGGCAAGGGAGACAGCAGCAUCCGUUACUUUGAGGUGACGGACGAGGCGCCGUACGUCCACUACCUGUCCAUGUUCAGCAGCAAGGAGAGCCAGAAGGGCAUGGGCUACAUGCCCAAACGGGGCCUGGAGGUCAACAAAUGUGAAAUCGCCAGGUUCUACAAACUCCACGAGAGGAAAUGUGAGCCCAUAGUGAUGACGGUGCCCCGCAAGUCGGACCUGUUCCAGGAGGACCUGUACCCCGACACCAUCGGGCCCGAGCCCUCGGUGGAGGCCGACGAGUGGUUCAACGGGAAGGAAGCUCCGCCCAUCCUGAUUUCUCUAAAAGACGGCUUCACAGCCACCACCAAGGCCAAGGAGUUCAAAGUUCACAAGAGUCUUCUGAAGACCACAGGUGCUGCUGCCGGGAGUCCAACGGGAGGUGGAGAGGACGUCCAGUCUUUGAAGAAAGAGGUGAAGCACCUGAAAGCAGCGUUAGAAGAUCUGACCAAGCGUGUGAGAGAGCUGGAGAGCAAGCAUUAAAGGGUAAACAAAUAAACAACAACAAAACCAGGAGCAGUGGAGACAAAAACCAACAGACAAAUAAAAAAAAUAAAAAAUCAAACUGCUGUAAACUUUUGAACAAAAAGGGUGACGUGUUACCAAAAUGUCUUGAAUUUGUUUUGAUGCUUGAAAUUUUAAAUUUCUUAUUUUAAUAUAUGAAUUUUAUUUGAAAUAAAGUCUUCAGUAUUUUCA